AUGAAUAAACUGGCAAACCUAAACAUGCGUCACUGGUCCGAGAGGAUGAGCCCCAACUUUGGCAUGAGUCGCCCUCCGAAUAUGCCCAUACCUGGCAUCGGCCCACACCAGAAGCUCCCCCCUCAGGGUGCCGCCACCAAUGCUAUUUCCGCCACGGGGCCUGUCAUGGUCACCCCCAUCUUCUACUCGUUCAACGUCCCCUUCGCCUCUGACCUGGCUGGCCCUGACACUGAGGACAUCCUUCACGCCACCACCGAUGCCGUUCUUCGCUGGACCCAUCCCGAAGAUGCCCCGGAUGACGUUCCUGUUCACGAGCUGCCUAUUCACGCCCAAAACCUGUCCAACCUGGGAAAGUUAUGCAGCGACAUCUCUGUCAGCCCGCUGGAGAUUGAGGCCCAUGUCCUGACCGCCAUGCCCAAGAACACAAGAGGCCAGGUGACCACUGUUUGCCUUGUCGGCACCCCGGAUCUUGUCUACCGCACUCGCGAGACCAUCUUGAACGAAACGCCCCUCUCCCUGCGUUGCACAACUGUUGACAUCAAUGGCGAUAUGGUCGCGGACCUCACGGCAGGAACCCUAAACAAGGCUGUUACCGAUACACUCGACAGUAUAUCGGCCUACUGCGGUGUCGAUAUCUUCCUCCUGGGCCCAAAGUUGACGCCCAUCCUCGAUGGCUUGAACGGGGACACCGAGCUGCGCCGUGACCAACGAUGGAGAGUGGCUAUCUAUGGCGAUAUAUUGUCUUCGGAACACGCCAAGACACGGGUGCUCAUCCACAUUGAUCAAAUGCUAAAGCGAGCUAUCGAUAUAUUGCGCCUAGACUCCGCCUUCCACCAACCUCUGUGUGGUCGCAACAGAAAAAACAUCAAGAUCAUCGAGUCGUCCACAGGCACUGCCAUAUACAUGCCCCCUCCAUUCUCGACCGUCUUUCGCUACUGUCCGCCGAACGCUCGUGUGCGUGACCCCAACGAGAUAUUUAUCACGGGUGACAGCCCGGAAAGCAUAAAUGCGGCCAAGAAAAAAAUUCACGAGGUUCUAUCGCGGACUCGUCUUUUUCUAAAGGACAUUGCCAUGCCGUGCGAAAAAAUAGACAACAUCCUGCUCAGCCGCAUGACGAAGGUGCGCAAGAUCAUUGAGGCAAACGGCGCCAACAUCAUAUUCCCUGUCCUCGGCUCCAAGCAGAGCACCGUACGCAUUCAGGCUACUGAAAACUUGCACACGGAACGGACUGCCCGUGAAUUGAUGGCUCUUGCCGGCCAGUUCUACAGCGGCUACUGGGCUAUCUCCCAAUCGGACGCUAGACAAGCCCCCAGCCCGGUCGAAAUCCAGUCCAUUCUCGGAGAGGUCUGCGCCAAUUCCGAAGCCGAUGUCUCUUUCCAGGCUUGGGCUUUCAGUAUCACUGGCUCCGACGAUGCCGUCAAGGAUGCUCUGAGUGUCUUGUCGCAGGUCAAGCUUGCCGUCCAGCUUCCUUACCAGAUCAAGGUGAAGAUCGAGCUGGCGAAUGAGCAUAAGGAGUUUGUCAGUGGAAAGAAGAACGGCAAGAUCAACAAAAUCAUGGGGCAAAGCAACGUGCAGAUUUUGUUCGAAAGCUUCGGCGAGUACAAUUUCAAUAUUGACGUCAACGCCCAGUCGUAUGAGUCCAUGAAACAAGGUUUGCUGCUGGUGGAGCAAGAAAUGCCAGCAUCAAUCUCCUUCCAUGUUCCUGAUCAGUACCACAAGCGCAUCAUCGGAAUUGGAGGGCAGCACAUCCAACGCAUCAUGAAGAAGCAUUCUGUGUUUGUCAAGUUUAGCAAUGCGAUGGACCGAGGUGGCAUUGGCCGAGAAGAUGAUGAUAUUCGUGUGGAUAACGUUAUCUGCCGCACUCCUGCUCGUAACGCCCAAAACCUCGAGCUGGUCAAGUCUGAGAUUCUGGAGAUGGUUGAUCGUGUGGACUCCGAGUUCACGUCGCAGAUCGUGAAUGUAGACCGGCUGUACCAUCGCCAGCUGCUGGCUCGGCUUCCUGACUUGGAGACGCUUGAGAAAAAGUGGAACUGCAAGAUCAGUUUCCCCAGCACUGAGCAGGCUAGCGACGAGGUCACCGUCACCGGUCCUCAGUGGCAAGUCCCUCAGUGUGUGGACGAAUUUCUUGGCAUGGUGCCGGACAACCACGAGCUUGUUUUCUUGCGAACACCUGCUCUGAGCAAGUAUCUCGAUUCGCAAGAGUUCGGCGACCUGCUCGUGAAGCUCAAGACGCAGCAUGAAGUGGACGUCUCUGUGCACCAGACCAUCGGCGAGACGGCCGAAGAGAGCAGCCCGACGAUUGCUCUUCUCUGGACGUUCACUCGCAACAAUGCCGGAGGGCUCCGCGAUGCCAUUGAAUUUCUCCAGUCGGAACUGGCCACGGCCGGCGUCGAAGUCACUGUCCUCAAGGGCUCGAUCCCCCGUCCCAAGUCAGACACGUUCGAGGAGUCGCUUCAGUAUUUCGACUCGAAGCUCCUACAGCACGCUCCAGCGGCCGUCUCGACGGACUCGCCGACGAAGUCCGCUUUUGGUGACGAGGUGGCCCGCGAGCGCAGCACGAUUUUCGAUAGGCUUCGCAAGCCGGGAAGCAUGUCGUCCAUCUCAUCCUUCCUCGAUCGCCGCAAGAACAGCUCGCAGUCGACGCACUCGCUUUUUAAGAACUCCAACAACGUUUCCAAAUCGUCUCUCAUCUCGAUCGAAUCGACGCGAAGCUUCAAUGCCGACCGCAACCCCUGGAACGACAGCGGCGUCAAUCUCCCAGACGAAGACCAUCCUUGGGUUGUCCGUCCGUUCAGCAACGGCAUGGACCACCAGAAUCUGGCCAUUCCCCAACCCGGCGACUCGACGCCACGUCACAACCCCCGACAGUCCGCGGACAGCGGACGUCCUUCCACUUCUCAUUCUACCAAUUCAGGAUACCCCGGUCACAUCGGACCAUUCCGUUAG